GCAGGCAGAGGGAGAGGGAGAAGCAGGCUCCCUGCUGAGCAGAGAGUCCAACGUGGGGCUCCAUCCCAGGGCCCUGGAUCAUGACCUGAGCUGAAGGCAGUCACUUAAUUGACUGAGCCACCCAGGUGCCCCCCCCUUUUUGAGUUAAGGACAUGUAUUCUUCUGAGAAGCCUUGGGCAGCAGAUUUUGGUUUACUCUCCGAUUGGGACAGCCUACAGAGACAUUUCCAGUCAUGAAUUCGGACCAGGAUGUAGCACUCAAACUUGCCCAGGAGCGAGCUGAAAUAGUUGCUAAGUAUGACAGAGGACGAGAAGGUGCAGAGAUUGAACCUUGGGAGGAUGCUGAUUACCUUGUUUACAAAGUCACGGAUAGAUUUGGCUUUUUACAUGAGGAGGAGCUCCCGUAUCAUAAUGCAGCUAUGGAACGGCAAAAGCAACUGGAAAUUGAAAGAACUACUAAGUGGUUGAAAAUGCUAAAAGGAUGGGAAAAAUACAAGAACACUGAAAAGUUUCAUAGGAGAAUUUACAAAGGAAUCCCACUCCAGCUCAGAGGUGAAGUCUGGGCUCUGCUUCUGGAGAUCCCUAAAAUGAAAGAAGAAACAAGAGACCUCUAUACUAAAUUAAAACACAGAGCACGGGGUUGUUCACCUGAUAUCAGACAAAUAGACCUUGAUGUCAACCGCACAUUUAGGGACCAUAUUAUGUUUAGAGACAGAUACGGUGUUAAGCAACAGUCCCUAUUCCAUGUUCUUGCUGCAUAUUCUAUUUAUAACACGGAAGUUGGAUACUGUCAGGGGAUGAGCCAGAUCACAGCUUUGCUCCUUAUGUAUAUGAAUGAAGAAGAUGCCUUCUGGGCCCUGGUCAAACUAUUCUCAGGCCCCAAACAUGCUAUGCAUGGCUUUUUUGUUCAAGGUUUUCCUAAACUCUUGAGGUUUCAAGAACAUCAUGAAAAAAUACUGAAUAAAUUUCUAUCCAAGCUUAAGCAACACUUGGAUUCUCAAGAAAUCUACACAAGUUUUUACACAAUGAAAUGGUUUUUUCAAUGUUUCCUUGAUCGUACUCCUUUUACACUAAACCUCAGAAUAUGGGAUAUCUACAUCUUUGAAGGAGAACGAGUUCUUACCGCUAUGUCUUACACAAUCUUAAAAUUACACAAAAAACAUCUAAUGAAAUUGUCUAUGGAAGAACUUGUAGAAUUUCUUCAGGAGACCCUGGCAAAGGAUUUUUUCUUCGAAGAUGACUUUGUAAUAGAGCAACUUCAGAUUUCUAUGGUGGAACUAAAGCGUGCAAAAUUAGACCUUCCAGAACCUGGUAAAGAGGAUGAAUAUCCAAAGAAACCUUUGGGACAGCUUCCACCUGAAUCUGCUUGCAUUAGUCACCUGAGCAAUGGACAAAGAAGUGUGGGCAGGUCAAGUCCCCAUAUGAGCAGCAGAAGAGAAAGUGGCUCAUCGCCUCACAAAAAACAUGAGCAUUCCCCUCACCAUCAGAGUAGAAUUGGUACACCAGAACGAGUAAGGGCGCUAAGACGGAAAUCAGAUGAUGAAGACAGUAAAAAGCUUAAAGAUGAAGCAGAUCUUCAAAGAAAACUUCCAUCAGGUCCACAAGACAGUUCCAGGCAAUAUAAUCAUGCAGCUGCUAACCAAAAUAGCAAUGCCACUUCAAAUACCAGGAAGGAAUUUGUGCCCAAGUGGAAUAAGCCAUCAGAUAUUUCAGCUAUUGAAAAAACUGCCAAAUAUGUUAUCGAAGGCAAAAAUAGGUCAGCACACCCCGCACUUACAGUCACCAUCCCAAGUUCUGCUGAUACUCGGGCAUCAAAUGUAAGGCAGAAGAUGAAGGUCUUGGAUGCUGAUGAAGGGAAACGGGGCUCUACUGCGUCCCAGUAUGAUAACGUACCUGAAAAUGACAACAGCGUUUCCAUUGAAGAGGCACUAGAAAGAGCCUACUCCCAAAGUCCAAGGAACAUGGUUUACUCUCACAGCCCGAGGAAGCACGUGGAGCCAAGUUCUAGUCCAUCAAAAAUAUCAAACAAGUUUACUUUUAAAGUGCAGCCUGCAGGUUAUGCAAAAUACCCAUCUCUGUUAGAUGGGGAGGAGCACAGGACAGUGCACCCUCCAUCCUACAGUAACCCCCCUGUUUACCAUGGAAAUUCUCCCAAACGCAUCCCUACUGCUAACAGCAGCUUUGCAUCUCCACAGUUUACCCAUGGGACUCAAAUGAAUCCUUCCCGGAGACCUUAUGGCUCUACCCUGUCAGUCGAUAUUUCUCCAGAGAAAUCUUACAGCCGCCCGCUUCCUGUGGUGCUGCCCUCCAGCCGCAUAGAAGUUCUUCCCGUUGACACUGGUGCCGGGGGAUAUGCAGGCAAUUCAGAGUCACCAAAGAAUGGACAAUUCAUCAUUCCUCCCAUGGAUUAUCUGCCAGAUAACAGAAAAUGGUCGGAAGUUAGUUACACGUACAGACCCGAGACUCAUGGACAGUUGUGGACUCAGGAUGCUAACCGUGGCCACUUGAGCAAUUUACCAAAAUAUUCCGCCUUUCAGCAUGUUCCCUUUCAGGACCAUAGCCUCCCGGCAGUUUCAGUAGAUAGUCCAGUGCGAUAUAGAACUUCCCCAGGUUUAGAAGAUGCCAGUUCCUCUGGGUAUCAAUAUUCAGGGCCCUCACCUCCAGUGUAUCACUACAGAAAUCGGGAUGGACUUUCUAUUCAAGAAUCAGUAUUGCUGUGAGAAUUUAUCUAUACUUGGUAAAGACAAGAGAAUAGAAACCAUUUGAAACCUACAUUGCUAUGUUUAUAAUUGCCAAAGCAGUAUUUUAUACUAUUGUAAACAUAAACAUCUUGCACAAUUCCAGUGUAUGCUAGUAAUAAGAAUAUAUAGGAGUGUUUCAUCCCCAUGUAGAUGCUGCUUAUGAUGAGCAUUUUUAAAUUGCAUCAUCACUGAACCUGUUAAAAAGAAUUUAACAUGGAAACAUAGCAAUAGCAUUUAGGGAUGCACGCAUAAUGAUAAUUCAUGACUUGGUUUCAUUUAUAUCUUUCUCCAAAACCUGAGCAUUUUUGCGCCAUUAGCCCAUCCUGUUUUGAGUAACAUUAGAAAGCACUGAAAAACUGUGUAGAAUAGAUAUUUUUAAGGCUUUAGUGUGUGUGUCUUUCAGUAGAUACCAGAAGGCCUCCAUGUACACACAUUUGAACACAGAACUAAAGGAACAUUAACAAAAUUAAUUUUGAUCUACAUCCAUGAAAUGAUUUACUCUUCUUCCUUUCCUUAACUUGUCUUUCAGCCAAGUUCCCCCCCGCCCCCAUAUUUUUCCCCCAGGUCCUAGAGUGCCAUCGGGUUUUGCCCUGACUUCAUGCAGCUUCUCUGCAGUUGUGGCCCUCUUCUUUCCUUCUGAAAAUUAAAGACACUGGAGAGAGAAAGGCUCACCACUGAAUGGUGCUUAAACCCUGGGGCACUUGGAGUAAGUUCAUGGCCAAAGGUGGGGCGCUGCUCGUACCCCACGAUCAGUUUUAGAGCAGUUUUGGUGCAUCUGUGCCCUUUGUUCUGGUCUGCCUCUUGUGAAGCUCAGAGCAGAAUGCUCGUUGCCAGAUGCAGGGAAAGUGCUGCAAUCCUGCUCUCUGUCGGUGCUAGCAGGAGGGGUUGCAAGUUAGGCUCCUCAAGCACUCACAUGGGGCAGCAGAACAGACUCCUUUGAAAUCCAUUUGAAAGCAGGAUUAACAAUAUGGUUACUUCUUAUUUCUGCCCUUUAAAUUCCUGCAGGGCCUGGGCUGUUCAUUUACAUGAGCUUUUUCUGGCACUCUUUCUUUAAAGGUUGGUAAUCAGUGGAUAUUGCUACAUUUAGGCCAUUAAAUUAUCAUUGUGUAAACUUGUAAAAAUGAUCCUAAUUAUUAAUAGGAGUCUAAGGUUUUAAUCUUUUUUAAAAAAUAGUAUGACUUUCAUACUUCCAAAAGUCUCCUUUUUUUCUUUUGCAGUGAAAACAAAUUCAGGUUCAUGGUUAAAAAAUUAACAGUGUCUUUUAAAAAUAGUCUAUUACACUACAAUUAGCAAAACAUGGGGACAGUUUUGGGCACCCCCAGAAAGCCUGACUUUGUGUUUAAUUGGAGAGCUGGUUUUCAGCAUACUUCCCUCGGGUUUGAGCAAGGACGAGAGUAGAAAACCUAACAUCGAGGGCUCUUCUUGUUGCAAGUUGGGGCUUUAAACUUUCAAGGUACCGAAGUAUGUCUUUUCAAAUGAGAGUAACAUUUGUUUAGCUAGCGAAUGUGACGAUAUUUUUUAUGUAUAUAAUGAGUCUAAUGUAAUUUUAAUCAACUUGGUAAUGAUGUUAUUAAACAGCAAAACAAAUGGCAGUGUGUUAGCAGCUCCCUGCUCUAUGCUAAAGUGCACACAAAAUCCCGCUCUCCCUGGGCUCUUGAUUCAGAUCGUGUGGAGGCUUAGAAAGAAAUGUAGAUAAAACAUGUAGCUGAGGAUAUUAAUUCCAAUUUUUAAACCAUGAUUCUGUGAACUUGUAAUAAACCAAGCUGUAUAAUUUAGGUUAUGAUAGUAGCAUCUGAGCUGCUCCAAAAUAUAUGUGUCAACAGUGGUAAAUACUGUAGAUUUAUAUAUAUAUAUACAUAUAUAUAUGCAAAAUAUAUAUAUACACACACUAUUUUCUUAUGUCAUCUAUGACAUUUUUAUCUGUAUACUUUUUUUGAUGUGAUUGUUUUUAACAUGCUAAAAGUAAUAAGUAUAUUUUGUGUCUUUCAUGUGCUUUUUUUCAUGUGGCAGAAGUGCUCUGUAUCUCUGAUGCUUCUAAAGCUAAUUUUCUUCUAAUUGAGGAGAUACUGCUCAGUGUUUGCCUACACGACUUUAUAUAUCUAUCACAGUUGUAUGUUAAAUGCUUUAUUAAUUUUCGGGAGUACUGUA